AUGAUGGUCUGUGGCGCAUUAAUGCGCCGUUUGGCUUCUCGAGUGAGAAGCGAGAGCACUGUUGAGGCGAUUUUCGACGAGAGCUUUCGGUAUUCCAGGCGAUUUCCGACGAGUGCUAACGGCAACCAGGCGAUUUCCGGUUUGGCAAACGGUAGGAAAGGCGAUUUGAAGCGCAGUUCGCGUUUACUUUCCAGAGUGCAAACUAAGAUGUUCGAUGAGGAGUCAUCGGAAGGUCUCUUUGACUCCGAUGGUGAAGCGGCAGGGCCCGAUGCUGAGGAUGGAAGUGAUACCGAUAUCGAGAUACUCGGUGAAGGGCCCAGCUCCGUCCCAAUACAUGGCAUCGGAAAGGGGCUAAUGACUGCUCCGGUGCCGUUGUCCAUUGUCUAUAGCGACGGCCGCCAUGUGGGUCUAGGCGCCCCUGGGGAGGCGAGCGCUAGUCGCCAGUCAGAGGCCUCCACUUCCGGCCAUGGAGAGUCAGCUGCCGAACCAUCUCCCCGGCCGAGGGUUUCGAUAGUCUAUCCCAGCAAUCCUAGGGUGCCGAUGGGGGUUCCGAAGGAGCUCGUCUUCGGCGUAGAUUAUUUCGAGCCUAACAGGAUCACCGAGAGGGAGAUUGCGAGGUUUCGUGCUGAGUACUUCAUACCAGAUUCGGUAGGCAUGAGGAUCCCAAAUCCUACCGAAUCUCUAAGCAGUCCGAAGGAUGGCGAAGUCGUCUUUUUCACGGGCGUACUUCUGCAAGGGGUGAGGCUCCCUCUGCAGCCCGCCGUUCAGAGGAUCUUGGCGCAGAUAGGCUAUGCUCCCGGCCAGUUCAAUCCCAACUUCUGGGUGGCGCUAAUGGGUGUGGUCACAGCCUUCGGCAUGGCUAGCGAGGGAGAGCCUUCGUACGAGCAGUUCUUCCAUCUGUACAGCUUCAUGAAGUCGAAGUCUGCCGAUCACGGGGGCUGGAUUCAGGCUAACUGCCUGAAGGCUACCGAGCGUGGCCAUUUUGUCAACGCCGUGCCAACCUUCCAGAAAACGUGGAGGAAACGGCGGGUGCUUUUGUCUGGUGACUGGGAGUUGCCCUCGGGACAUCCCGUCCGUUUCCACAUUCCCACCACGUUUCAAAUUGCCGGUAGGCCAUCCUACCGAGCGCUACACAAGCAGAGAUCCAGCAGAUCGAGAGGGUGA